AUGAGAUUGCUGACGUACCAAUUCCAAGAUACGUACGUGAAAACCGAAAUUUCUAUCCUAUCAAUUUUGACUAGAAUCGUUUAUUUGGCACCAGAACAGUGAAAAGGAAAUCGGUAAUUUGAUCGUAAAUUUAGCAUGCCAAUAAUAGAAACACGUGUUACAAAUAGCUCUGUUACUCUCUGUCUCGCUCACUUGGUUAGCUGCACGGUUUCCUCUGCACAAUCUACAAAAGCAAAAAUAGUCCGUCAGUAUGGUCUCAAAUAGAUUUAGUUGUUCUGUGGGGUGUUUAAGAUGUUCAAGACGAUUCAAAAGCUCUGGGGCUACAUGGCGACAUAUGUUGAAGUCUCACGAACUCGCUAUUCGACCUGUUCAGUUUUUCAACGAAAAUAACUCACUCGUGACUGUAGUAAAUCCUACUCUUAUAUCACCUCAAUCGAUUCAGUACGCGUCUUACACCGGAAUGGUUGGUUACCGUCCAAGAACGAGUAAAUGAAGCAUUGCAUCCAGCUCUACCAGGUAUUAUUAAUACUAUAUAUCGGUGAUGUUUAUGAUUAUUCAAACGCAUUAAGCAUUUUGUUAACUUGUUAUAGCUUGUUAACUGUUAGUUUGCGCGUUCCACGUUUAGCGUCUAGCGAGGCAUGUACCUGGCUUAAUUAAGUUAACAGCUUUACUUUUAAAUUUUAUAUUUUACUUUUAUAUUUUAGGACGAUGGACGAGAGUAGAAGACCCGUGUGUCCCAGAAGAAUUUGUGCUUCAUUUCUUAGCAAGAAUUCUGGACGAAACUGACCAGGUUAUAUCACCCCACAGCAUAAAGUACCUGAGUCACAGAGGUUUACCGUACAAGGCUCAAACGCAAAAGAUAUCAUACCGAUUAUAUGAUUUGGUUGCCUUGCAAUGUGCUCUCGAAGAGCAGAAGACGAUUCAACUGUGUCAAUCCGCCGCAUUUCGGCAUCAUGAAAAAGUUCAGACGGCUGAAAAUAGAAAGAAGCUUUCUAUGAAAGAAAAAAUUGAACGGAUGAAAGCUUCUGCGAACGUAAGAUACUCUGAAAGAACUGAACUUCCAACAUCACGCAGCUCGCUAGUCGUAUCAGUGGGUGAAGGAAGGUCGACCAGAGAAGCAGAAAUUAUUUAUUGGCCAAGUCUGUAUGACGUUUCAAAGCGCUGCAAAUUUCAAUUGCGAUUUUUUAUCCAGAAAUGUGACUACCAAUGA